GCGUCAAAUGCUGACGCGUUACAAUCACGAUAAAAAUAAAUAUAAGUAGCUAGAUCCUCACAGGAAAAGCAAUCGAGCAUAGAUGAGCUCCUGUCGAACCCACGAAGGAUUGAAAGAUGGCAUCCACCGAGCAACCAGAUCCACCAAAACAGUCUGGCGUUCUACCUGGAGUCACCGGGGCCGCUCCCGUCAGAGAAGCACUGGUUACUACCGCUGUAAACUUUCUGCAGAACCUGAAAGUACGUCAAAGUCCAUUGGCCACCAGGAAGGCAUUUCUGAAGAAAAAAGGGCUGACAGAUGAAGAGAUAGAGUUGGCCAUUCAGCGCUCUGGAAGCACAGAAGAAGUUCUGCCUCUAAUCCCUGCUGAGCCUCCACAUCCCCUUCAGGCAACCCAGUUGGCUCCUGUAGCCCACAGUCCAACAGGCUACAGAUGGAGAGACUACGGUGCCCUGACCAUCAUCAUGGUGGGCAUUGCUUUUGGCAGUCAUCAGCUUUACAAGAAAUACAUCCUUCCCCUCAUUAUGGGCAGGCGAGAGGACAAGAAGCAUCUGCAGAGGAUGGAGAGCAACAUUGCGGCAAUGAGUGGCACGCUGACACAGACAGUUAGCCAGCUGCAGCAGACCCUGGGCUCCAUCCAGGAGCUCCUGAUCCAGCAGCAGCAGAGAAUCCAAGAGCUCUCCCAGGAACUCAAUUCAGCAAAGGCAACAUCUUCAUCCACCCGCAUCGUGGAAAACCAAACAAUUGGGGAGCUGAAGCAGGAGAUGGUUUCCUUAAAGGGCUUACUGCUCAGCAGGAGACAAUUUCCUUCUACCCCAAGUAUUCCUAAAAUCCCCUCGUGGCAGAUCCCCCUGAAGGCCCCCUCGGCGCCCACCUCACCAUUCAUAAACCCCACAGAAUUCAAUAACAGCAGCAGCGACAUCUCUCCUGUCAGUAACGAGUCUGCGAACUCCUCUCCUCUCAAGGACGGACACCACAACUCCCAGGAGUCACUGGGAGGACCUGACGGUGCUCACGGUCUGAACGGAGAUGCCACCACCAUCGACCUGCCGCUGGACUUAAAGAACCAGGUCCGUAUGGAGGUGCAGGGGGAGGAGGACAGCAAGGAGGAUGACGUCGGCGGCACAGAGGAGGAGGCUGUUGGUGUGCAGACAGAGGACCGGCGAGGUGGAGACGGACAGAUUAAUGAACAGGUGGACAAACUGAGACGGCCUGAGGGUGCCAGCAAUGAGAGCGAGGUGGAUUAGACGGCAAUAGAAAGAGCACAAAAACACUCUUCAAACACGGCUUUCUAUCUUCACGUGGCUUUGGUUCAAUCUGCCUUUAUCCACACACCCUCACUGUAUUUGGGUUUUGCUCUUAUUUCUCUCCUCACCUUCUGUUUCCUCUUGUUAUAACAUUUUAAUCUCGAGCAAAAUGAGGCGCAAAACUGACAAAUAUUGUCGAGUUGACACACGGCUUACCUCCAUUUACUUUCCAUCAUCCAAACCAAAUGAAUGCUCGCCAAGCUGAGUACCAUUUUUUUUUCUCUCUCUAAGCUACCUAGAAGUAGUCGAAUCAGGCGUUAAACCAGCUCCACCCAGAACAAACUGAGUUAGUGCUUUUAAUGUUCCUGAUUUGAUCAGAUAACACACGGCCCUGCGCUGCUCUUCUCAUAAUGUCUAUAAGGCUCAUUCAUACACAGACCACAGAGGCGAAGCUGCAGAGAAUAUGUCUGCCGUACGGUGCAGCUGCGGGUCAGGAGUCAUACAUACCUCUGUCAAAGUUACAGUAAGCUUCCACAGGAGCAUUAACACAGUUUGUCUCCCUGGUGAUGGCAACAGGAGAGGACAAGUUCUUCUAGGGCAGGAGCUUUUAGCCUCUUUUAUGUGUCCUUUCGCAUUGGUGUCAGUCUGUCAAUAAUUCACAAGGCCAGCAGGGUGGCAUUUGAGUGAAAUAAAAGCCCUGAAAUUCGAGAUUAGAAUGUGAUGACGGGCUUUGUUCCAUGCCGGUGUCACUGUGUUCAUAGGCUCAAAGAAGAGAAAGAUGAAUGUUUUUUCCCCUCACUUUCCUUUUUUUUUCACCGAGGGCUGAAUUGUGCGACUCUGCUCGUGUGUUUGUGUGCGGCAGACGAGACAAACCCAGGCCGUCUGCUGAGCUGUGAGCUUUGUCUCCAGCAGGGCAGCUGAUUUGGUUUGUGAAGUAUGUUAAUAAUCAAAUGAUCAACAAAUAACAGAUGUAUUAGUUCAUGCAGCUUGAAAUGUCAAGGAGGCUAAAAGCGCAAAUCUAAUACAGAAAGCCCAGUUGCGUUGUAUUAUUUUCUGCGACAAACCCUCCAGUCCAAAUUAUGUGAGGCCUCCUACGGUGAGUAAUCUUUACAGAAAACGGCGCCAAUAUUUCGUAAUUAAGCCGCAGUCAGACGACAAGCGCUGCCGCAGAUGGAACCUGCAGAACUCGCUUGUUUUUCCUUGGUGUGGAGGUGGAUGGGGGAAGUUAAAAAAAAAAAAAAAAAAAAGAAAGAAAAAAAAAAAACCCCGA